AUGCUCCAGACACACCAGACGUAUUCCAUUUUUGCGGCAGUCUGUCACUGCCGUGACUGGGACAACCUGGACCCUUCCAGACUACUUCCUUCGAGACUGGCUGUGUCUGGCGUCAGCACCCCUUUAGACCAAGUUGCGAGUCUUUACAAUCCCCAAGGUCGAGUCCGUGUUCGGCUAAACACGCACAAGCCAGUGGCCGGGAUUGGUAGUGCCGUGGUGGGCUAUGGCCCGACACUAAACCGCGAGAGUGCACUGCAAAGAACUUUUGGACAAACAGCCUCUCCAGCAAAGCCUGAGACUGAUUUGCUGUUGAAAAGACGAAGUCAGCCUAGACAGUUUGGAGGCUGUGUCUGA